AUGGAUCUACCACUAGUCCUAAACACAUUCAUACUCCUCACCCUAGUCACCCUAUCCACCCCCAUCCUAUUCCCACUCCUAUCCGACAACCUCAAAAAUACCCCAGCCACCAUCACAUCCACAGUCAAAACUUCCUUCCUAAUCAGUCUCAUCCCCAUAACAAUCUACAUUCACUCAGGGGCAGAAAGCCUAACCACCCUCUGAGAAUGAAAAUUCAUCAUAACCUUUAAAAUCCCAAUCAGCCUAAAAAUAGACUUCUACUCACUCACUUUCUUCCCAAUCGCCCUAUUCGUAUCAUGAUCCAUCCUACAAUUUGCAACAUGAUACAUGGCCUCAGACCCAUACAUCACAAAAUUCUUCACCUACCUACUAUUCUUCCUAAUAGCAAUACUCAUCCUAAUCGCAGCUAAUAACCUAUUCGUCCUAUUCAUCGGCUGAGAAGGAGUAGGAAUUAUAUCCUUCCUCCUAAUCAGCUGAUGACACGGACGAGCAGAAGCCAACACUGCAGCCCUCCAAGCUGUGCUAUACAACCGAAUUGGUGACAUCGGACUCAUCAUGUGCAUAGCAUGACUAGCCUCUGCCAUAAACACAUGAGAAAUCCACCAACUCCAAUCACCCUACCAAGUUCCCACCCUACCCCUUCUAGGACUGGUCCUAGCCGCAGCUGGCAAAUCCGCACAAUUUGGCCUACACCCCUGACUACCAGCCGCAAUAGAAGGACCCACUCCCGUCUCCGCCCUACUCCACUCCAGCACAAUAGUAGUAGCCGGAAUUUUCCUACUAAUCCGAACCCACCCGCUAUUUUACAAUAACCAAACCAUCCUCACCCUGUGCCUAUGCCUAGGAGCCCUAUCCACCAUGUUCGCAGCUACAUGCGCUCUCACCCAAAACGACAUUAAAAAAAUCAUUGCCUUCUCAACUUCAAGCCAACUAGGCCUAAUAAUAGUCACAAUCGGACUAAACCUCCCUGAACUGGCUUUCCUACACAUCUCAACCCACGCCUUCUUCAAGGCCAUACUAUUCCUAUGCUCGGGCUCUAUUAUUCACAGCCUAAAUGGUGAACAAGACAUUCGAAAAAUAGGAGGACUACAAAAAAUACUACCCACAACUACCUCAUGCCUAACCAUCGGAAACCUGGCCCUAAUGGGAACACCAUUCCUAGCAGGCUUCUACUCAAAAGACCAAAUCAUCGAAAGCCUAAGCACAUCCUACCUAAACGCCUGAGCCCUCAUCCUAACCCUACUAGCCACAUCCUUCACUGCAGUAUAUACAAUCCGAAUAACCGUACUAGUUCAGACCGGCUUCGUUCGAAUUCCUACCCUCACCCCAAUAAAUGAAAACAACCCCGCAGUGAUCUCCCCCAUUACCCGACUAGCAAUCGGAAGCAUCACAGCAGGACUCCUCAUCACUUCAUUCAUCCCCCCAGCAAAAACACCACCAAUAACCAUACCCCUAUCAAUCAAAAUAACAGCAAUCCUAGUAACAGCCCUAGGAAUCGCCCUAGCCCUAGAAAUAUCAAAAAUAGCACAAGCCUACAUCAAAACAAAACAAACACCAUUCUCGAACUUCUCUACAUCCCUAGGCUACUUCAAUCCCCUAGUCCACCGCCUUGGAAUGACAAACUCCCUAAAUGGAGGACAAAACAUCGCCUCUCACCUAAUCGACCUAUCCUGAUUCAAAACACUAGGACCAGAAGGACUGGCCAACCUACAAGUAAUAGCAGCCAAAACUGCUACCUCUUCCCACUCAGGCCAAAUCAAAGCCUACCUAGGAUCAUUCGCCUUAUCCAUUAUCAUUAUCCUCAUCUCAACAUACAGA